ACCAGCCAAUAGCGAAAUUGCCGCAUUUCUUGUAUUGAAGUGGCACCGGAUGUCAGCCUACAAGCGACACUUUCGAUGAAGAUGGAAACAUCGGCGGUGGUCCCCCCGCGCGGCCGGUAAGAUUGGAGGAUUGGAGGAAUGGUCGAGUCGACGCGCCGAGAGCACAUAUAAAGAGGCCAGUCAAAGCUGCAAAGAGUUGCCGGUAUUGUGAUUUAUUUCUUGGCACCUACAGUCUUCCUUUCAAUUUCCAUUCCAUCUUCCUGUUGCUGUCUCCCCAACGCCUUUCCUGCCGAAAUACCUCAUUUUCUGUAACAUGUUCCCUACAUUCCACAUAAACAACUUCAAGCCGUGGGCUCCCCCUCACACUAAACCAUUCCCACCCCAUAAAUCCCUCACUUCGCGCGCUCCGCGCACUCCCAUACCCACCCCAAAACUCGAUACCCCCCCUCCCUACAAGCCUCGUCAUGAUUCCUUUCCAAGCACUUUGCCCACUCCCAAACAUUGCCUCCCAGCGCGGCCACCGGCCGAAGUUUGCUUGCGUAUCAGUGCAGACACUCGGCCGUGUACGUUGAACUCCCAACCUCCACUAAGGGAGUGUUCUAUACCGCUGCCGAACACGCUAUCUUCGAAAAUCCCCGAGCACGGCACAAUAUCUACAUGCUAUCCAGUAGAUCGCACAUCAAAUUCGGAUCCAAUUCCACCCUGUUAUCUCGAAGAUAUCACGGAUGCUCCAAUCGAGCCACCGUUCCUUCCGGAAGACACCGCAGGGGUUGGCCAAUCUUCACCCAGCACUAGCUCAGAGGAUAGCUUGGAAGAGUUCAGCUUUCCAGGUCUACAGAGCAAUAUUCCCAUUGACCCAGUGAUCCUUGCCGACAAUAAGCCUUGGGAGGAGGAGGCUAGCGGCCUUCACCAACAUAUCCAGCAAUGUGAUGAUCUUAUGUUUCCAGAGACAAUUUGUCCAUAUCCUGAACCUCCAACUCUUUGCGACACACCCGAUCAACUCCGGAGUCCCAGCAAAGACCCCGGCAGCCAGGGUGGUAAUACUAAAACAAGCGACCACCCUCGCACCCAGGGGCAUCGACAAUUGAAUUCUUCCAAUCACAACAGUGAAGCCGACACAUCUUGCUCUAACGACACAAGUGAGAACCUCCAUGGCGAACAGUCUAAAAAACAUAAGCGAAAGACACAGCGAUCGGGAUCGGGAGGAAGAGCUGCCAAACGGAUUCGACUUCCUCUCCGAUUACCAACAAGGGAGCAUUCCUUCACCGGCCUUCGUUCUCAUUUCUUAUCUCUACCACUUGAUGAACGUUUGCAGUUCCUCUCUUGGCUUUUCGAAGGUGCUUUGCCACGUUGUAUGUCAGACUAUUCUCUCACAGUAUCUGAACAAGAAGAUGCGCGGGCAGCCAGUCACUCUACUCUCCCUGACGUGAUUGAGCAAGCGCCGCGGGGUAGCAUGGAGGUAAUAGAAAACUCGAGAAAGGGUAUUAAAUGGUCCCCGGAGGAGGACACUCUUCUGCUGAAGCUGAAGAAGUAUGAGAAGCGGUCUUGGAAAGAGAUCGAGAGGUUAUUCUCCGAGGAAUACCCAGGGAGAAGUCUUGGCGCGAUCCAGGUGCACUGGAGUACGACCUUCAGGAGAAAAGAGGAUUAAUACUUCGCGGGAAAGGUGAUAGUAUAUUGGCAUUCUGAACGAUGUACAAGCCACAUGCAAACCUCUCCUUAGAGCCUAGUACGGACGAUGAGGAUAACCGUGCUUGACUACUCUGGCUCAAACUGGCGACCUAGGCAGCAUCAUCACCCGGGUGUGUACUUUGU